GGAGUAUUAACGUUAGUAACCGGUUUACUGUGUGGCGGUAAGUGUUGCUUGCACUAAAACAUUCAGGAGGAAACGUUAUAUUUUAAGAAAACAUGACUCUGUCGUAAUUAAUUACUUAUUUUUCGAUGAUUACUUAGCGUAGAAUUCAUGCAAAGCAAUAAGGACCAUCUGUAUUAGCACAGCAGUCGUCCCUGGAAUGUUAUCCUUCAGCAGUACUAGUGUAAUAAAGAGUGUUGUGGGGAAACGGUUCAAAUGUCACAAAAGGACGACUCUGAAAGCGACAUUUGGGAUUAUAAACCCCUCAUGAAGAAAAAAAGAAGCAAUAAAUCACAGUUUGUGACCAGAAGAUGCCCUUCUAGGAAAAUGUCCAGGAAAGACACUUCUGUUCCAGUCAAGUCUCACAAGGAGAGUAAAACAGAAGAAUCAGGCGAAAGUGGAGCUGCUGCUGGGGAUGAGGAGGAAGACAGCAGGUUAGAGGCUACCCUGUUGUCUCCUGCUAAAGAGACAGUCGAAAGAGACAGUCAUGAGGCAGGGACACCCUCUGAAGACUACUGUCCCAUCUGCCAGAUGCCUUUCUUCAUUCUGGUUGUUCAGUCCCAGAGGUGGCACGUUGCUGAGUGUCUGGACACCUGCAGAGACAAAUGUGAAGAAUGCCCCGAUGGUCUUCAGUGCUCCUCCACCAUUCCAAACCAUUACAAGAAGUUCAACCACACGCUCCUCGCUCACACUCGGGCCAACAGCAACACGGAUGUCCUCAGUUUGUCCCAGCAAGCAGAAACAAGCUGGGACAGACUCAUGGACAACAAUGUGGACAGCUGUAAUGUAGAAGCCACCCAGGGAAGUUCUCAGAGUCUUCUUCUGUUGUCCACCCACAGCGUCUCCCAUCCCAACACGGAUGCUAAAACACCUCCAUCAAAGCGGACCAACGGCCUUAUGCUGCUGCGCUCUCCAGCGCCAGAGGAUUUUAAGAAAAAGAAGGGGUGGUUGUCUAAUAAGACCCAAAAGUCAAGUGCUGCUUCGCAAGACAAAAUAGAGAAUCCAUCCCCUCCCGUCAAGGAUCAUUCUGGAUGUCUAGCUGAUAAAGUAUCUUCCACAGAUGAAGCUUCAGUUGAGGUUGAUGAUGAGAUAUCCUACUCUCCUCUGUCUGAACUCCCUGCAGAGACUGCAGUCAGUAAUGAGUGCAGAAAAGCUCUUUUUAAUAACAAAGUGUCUGAUAAUGAAGACUCUGUGAUACUGUUUAAUGACAGCUUCUCAAGUGAAGAUGAGGUUCUCGCUGAAUUUAUAGACAAUAAUUUAGAAGAUUGUGAGGCUGUGCUAAAGGAUCCGUCUCCCUCCAGCUCUCAGCUGGGUUCAGUUUCCUCAUUAGCACCUGCUAAUCACACGGCUGCUGAAGCAGAGGCCUGCUGCGCAUCUACCAGUAAUAUCAACCACAUCAGCUUUCAGUCGCCUCAGAGGGCUGCCUUAGAGCGUCAAAGAGAGACUCUGCUCCACUCAGAGGGCCAGGGGAGUCCAGACCUGAACCACAGCAGAACUACUCCGGUUUCUUCAUCACAAAGCCUCUCUGUGAAAAUGUCACGAAACAUGCCGCCUCUAAAGGGCCACAGCAAGGCCGGGCAGGCUUCUGGUUACAAACAGACAGACAUUGGGGUGUUUUUUGGCCUCAAACCGCUCGAGGGUAAGAACGAGACUAAAAGUGGACCAAACGACUUUGAUGCAUCCUCCAUUCCAGCAACUGGUAGGAGCUCAGGGCAGAAAAGACAGAGGAGAGACUGGCAGGGGAAAAACGCAACAGCAGAUGUGUCCCAAGCUGCAGAAACUAGAGCUGAUGUGAGUUCAGUUGGUGGUGAACAAACAGCUGGGAGAGGAGGGAAGCGAGGAUGGAGGAGAAGGUGGAACAGGGGGAAUCCUGAUGGAGAAGCUCAGCUGCCUCGUUGUCCGUUCUAUAAGAAGAUUCCAGGUACAAAGUUUGUUGUUGACGCUUUUAGUUAUGGAGAGAUUCAGGGCAUCACCGCCUACUUCCUGACACAUUUCCAUUCGGACCAUUACGGAGGGUUGACCAAGAAUUCCACUUUUCCAGUCUACUGCAACAGAAUCACAGGAAACUUGGUGAAGAGCAAGCUGAAGGUGGCGGAGCAGUAUGUCCACAUCCUACCCAUGAACUCAGAGGUCAACGUGGAAGGAGUCAGGGUCAUCCUUCUGGACGCCAACCACUGUCCAGGAGCGGCCAUGCUGCUGUUCUUCCUGCCAGAUGGACAGACUGUCCUCCACACUGGAGACUUCAGAGCGGACCCGUCGAUGGAGUCGUACCCUGAGCUGCUCAGCUGCAGGGUGCAGACGCUCUACUUGGACACCACCUACUGCAGCCCAGAGUACACCUUCCCCACACAGCAGGAUGUCAUCAGUUUUGCAGCCAAUGCAGCCUUUGAGUUGGUGACUCUUAACCCGCGUACGCUCGUGGUGUGUGGAUCCUACUCGGUGGGGAAAGAAAAGGUCUUUUUGGCACUGGCCGAGGUCCUGGGGUCCAAAGUUUGUCUCUCCAGAGACAAAUACAACACCAUGUGCUGCCUGGAGUCUGAACAAAUCAAGAAACGGAUCACAACCGACUGGAAGGCCGCCCAGGUUCACGUGCUGCCCAUGAUGCAGCUCUCCGUCAAAAAGCUGCAGGAUCACCUGGCACGCUUUUCAACACAAUACGAUCAGCUGGUGGCCUUCAAACCCACAGGCUGGACCUUCAGCGAGCACGUGGAGUCACUAGGAGACGUUCAGCCUCAGAUCUGUGGCAACAUCUCUAUUUACGGAAUCCCCUACAGUGAACACAGCAGCUUCCUGGAAAUGAAGCGCUUCGUGCAGUGGCUCAGGCCCCUGAAGAUCAUUCCCACGGUGAACGCUGGCAGCUGGUCGAGCAGGAAGGCCAUGGAGAGGUGUUUCAGUGACUGGCUGUCGGAGAGUAAAGCCAGACUGUAAAGUGUGCACCUGGUUUCUAACACAACCGCGACACUUGAAGUGAGUUUUAGUGCAGAGCUUUCAGCAUCGAGCUAAAUGAGGAAUUAAAACGCCACCAUGAGGCACAGAAGUGCUUAAACCAGCUGAAGCAGACACGUCGAGAUUCAGCACUUCUGAUCUGACUGUGCCCCGUUUUUAUUUCAUCUUUCUUCAGAAAACAUCAAGUGCCGCUUUUCAACUGUGCAAUUUAUCUUUGUGUUUUGUCUUUUUAUGAUCAAAGUUUUUAUUCUAGUAAUAAAAUUUUUUAAAUUACUUUGAA